AUGGAUAAAAGAAAGUUAUCAACUUCCGGUGAUACUCUUUACCAAAUAUUAAGUUUACCAAAAACGGCUGAAACCGAAGAAAUUAAGAGGACUUAUCGUAAACUCGCUCUUAAAUACCAUCCUGAUAAAAAUCCAAAUAAUCCAGAAGCUGCUGAAAAAUUUAAAGAAAUUAAUCGAGCUCAUUCAAUAUUAACUGAUUUGACUAAAAGAAAUAUUUAUGAUAAUUAUGGGUCUCUCGGAUUGUACAUUGCAGAACAGUUUGGCGAAGAAAAUGUUAAUGCAUACUUUUUGGUUUCCUCAGGAUGGUGCAAAGCAUUGAUUUUAUUUUGCGGAAUUAUCACUGGAUGUUAUUGUUGUUGCUGUUUGUGCUGCUGUUGUAAUUUCUGCUGUGGAAAAUGCAAACCUCGUCCACCUCAAGAUUCAGGCGAUUAUCACACUUUACAUUUUUAUGAAAGGUAUUUACAAAUUAUAGUUAUGGUUUAUGAAAAAGAAAAAUGA